UAGCCGGCCGAGGCUGAGCCCGAGUCCUUCCGAAAGACUUCGGCUGCCGCCAGCCGCGUCCGAAGCCGGAUACGGAAAUAACCGACGACAUCCGGCAUCCGCCGAAGGGAGCUUCGGCGGCUCAUCCGUAGGCUACGGAGACGCACGAAGGUUGCCUCGAAGCAAAACUCGGGCGAGGAGCCAUCAUGGCGGACCAGGUCGAGCAGCUCCGGGCGGAUGGCAUCCAGAAGCGGUUGGUGCAGGAAGGCCGAGGGCCCCAACCAGAUUACCAAGAUGGUACCAAGGUGACCUUCCACUACCGCACACUGCUUUGCAGUCCGGACCAGCGAGUCUUGGAUGACAGCCGUACCCGAGGGAAGCCCAUGGAGCUCAUCAUUGGCAAGAAAUUCAAGCUGCCCGUUUGGGAGACUAUCCUGCACACCAUGAGAGAGGGAGAGAUGGCUGAGUUCUUGUGUGACACAAAGCAUGUGGUCUUGUACCCAAUGGUGUCAAAGAGCUUGAGGAACAUUGCGGCUGGGAAGGAUCCACUGGAGGGACAACGGCAUUGCUGUGGCAUUGCUCAGAUGCAUGAGCAUCACUCCCUGGGUUACCCAGACCUCGAUGAGCUGCAGCAGAACCCCCAGCCCCUCAUCUUUGCCAUUGAGAUGCUCAAGGUGGAAGUUCCUGGCACAUACCGGCAAGAUCCCUGGGCCAUGUCAGAUGACGAGAAAGUGAAGGCUGUGCCCCUGAUCCACCAGGAAGGCAAUGAACUCUACAAGGAAGGCAAAGUGCAGGAGGCGGCUGCCAAGUACUACGAUGCCAUCGCUUGCCUCAAGAACCUGCAGAUGAAGGAGCAGCCCGGAUCCCCAGACUGGAUCCAGCUGGACCAACAAAUCACCCCUUUGCUGCUGAAUUACUGCCAGUGUAAGCUGUUGAACGAGGAGUAUUACGAGGUGCUGGAUCACUGCUCCUCUAUUCUCAACAAGUAUGAAGAUAACGUCAAAGCCUACUUCAAGCGAGCCAAGGCCCAUGCUGCUGUUUGGAAUGCAACCGAAGCGCAGGCUGACUUUGCCAAGGUCUUGCAGCUGGAUCCGUCGUUGGGCCCUGUGGUUGCCCGGGAGCUGCGUAGCCUGGAGACCCGCUUACGUCAGAAGGAAGACGAGGACAAGAUCCGUUUCAAAGGCAUAUUCUCCCAGUAGCCACGAUGCCGCCUGCUGCUGUCCCACUCAGGACAGC